UGAGUAGAUUUGCAUUGUCUGUCAUCGAGUCGCGAAGAAAGAUGACGAGUACUAGUCCUAAGUGACGAGUCGUGUGAUGAAGAAGAUGCUCUUCUCCAUGAUGAUCUGUCAUCAAAUGAUCUGGAGUGUUGAUGAAGUAUCUUUUCUGUAGUUCACAUGAGCAUAAUAAGCACUUUCGCAAGAUCUUCACUUUUAUCUCAGCUUGAUUUUCAUUCAAAUUUUGCCUCCUGGGCGCCUCUCCCGUGCUUUUCAACCCUUAUUAUUCGUAUUCUCCACUUGUUUGACAUUACAUCCACGUCCACGAAAAAACUCUACGUCUACUACUUUACAACUAACAAGUGGCCCCAUCUUAGUAUUCCUGUCCAUCCAACAUUCUUUUGCGUUGAUUUUCUCAUUCUCUCUCACUCUCACCAAAGUAAAGUUACGAUGAGUAGUCAAGCCGGCGUCUCCUGGCGCAACCCAAAAAACAGCGCCGACCCCACCAAGAACAUCAAUGCUGGCGCAGGCUUUGAGUCCGAUUGCGGUGUUUUUUCUGCGGCUUGGCUGAGGAGUCGGACCGCUCAAAACUACGACCAAAACCUCGAUCCAGACGAACAAGCCAGAAUAGUUAAGAGAGAGGCCUUUUUGCAGUCGAUACGGACUCAUAUCAACUUUCUGGACCAAGAUUUGCGAGAACAGCAGAAUCGUGCAAGGAAAAAUGGAGAAGGCGAAAAUGAAGCUGCCUUUGUUAUGCUCGGAUUUCGAUCCUGUUGAUGUUGAUGCUGUAGAGAUGAAUUUAAAAGAUAUGUAUUCAACUCCCCGGGCCCGGGUGCCCCGGGAGACGUUAAGGAAGGGAAAGGGAUACUUUAGGGACGUGGGCAGGGGUGAAUGGUUUCACAAGGUGAAACGGGCGCCCGAAGGGCGCGCACUCCCCUCCGCGCUGCGGCAAAGGGGAGCGGGAGCGCGCAGGCUUUAAAUACAAGAGGAAGGUGGCAGCACUGCCACCGAUUCCCCUUGUAAAUGUGGCAGCAUGAAAGGCCUUCAGUGUUUACUUGACAGGCGUCUUAGGGGUCCUUUAGUGUUUACAUUGAAGGCGAGGGGUCCUCUAGUGUUUACAUUACAGGCGCCUUAGGGCUUGUUGCGUGUGUUUUUCUGCUGCUGUUUUUCUGCUGCUGUUUUGUUGCUGCUGUUUUGUCGCUGUUGCUUUGCUGCUGCUGCUUUGUUGUUGCUGCUGUUGUUUUGUUGCUGUCGUUGCUCUUGUUGUUGCUCUUGUUGUUGCUCUUGUUGUUGUUGUUGCUGCUGUUGUUGUUGUCCUUGCUGUCUUUGUUGUUUUUGCUGCUGCUGCUGUUGUUGUUGUUCUUGCUGUUGUACUUGCUGUUGUUCUUGCUGUUGUUCUUGCUGUUGUUCUCGCUGUCGUUGUUGUUGUUGUUGUUGUUGUUCUUGCUGUUGUUCUUGCUGUUGUUCUUGCUGUUGUUCUUGCUGUUGUUCUUGCUGUUGUUCUUGCUGUUGUUCUUGCUGUUGUUCUUGCUGUUGUUGCUGUUCUUGUUCUUCCUCAAGGGCAUCUGCUGCCCACAUGAAAGCCCUUCAGUGUUUACCUUUAAGGCGUCUUAGGGGUCCUUUAGUGUUUACAUUAAAGGCGCCUUAAGGGUCCUUUAGUGUUUACAUUAAAGGCGCCUUAAGGGUCCUUUAGUGUUCACAUUAAAGGGGAGGGGAGUCCUUUAGCAUUCACACUAAAGGCGUCUUAGGGGUCCUUUAGUGUUCACAUUAAAGGCGAAGAGUGUUCGGGGAUUUUUAAUAGUAUUUAAAUAGAGUAUUUCAAUAUUCAUAGGCCUCCAGCACUUACACAUCUAAUCCCUCUGGCUCUCCUAUGACCGUCGCGGCAAUCCAUGCACGCAACCUAUGGAACCAGAGAGCGAGUUUCGAACAGCAGCAAGGAAGUCAACCGCCUACCUACCAUUUCGCUGACGUCGGAGGGUUACCAACGGAGUUCAUUGCGCAGUUGAUGGUAAUGACAUGUUUGAUUUUUGACAGUGGAAUCGGGGUCUGUAGUCAGGUUCACACUCAUCUGUGCCGAACUUCGACAGCUUAGUUAGCAUUAGCAGUACAUUUCGACUAGAAUUAAUGUAUGCAGCAAGAACCUCCUUUCGAUGAUUUUUUCAGGCUUACGAACCCGAUGGAACCACCACGACUACAGCCUCAUCCGCGUCUGAUGGUGGGGGUCGUGAAGAACGCCAAAGUCAACAAGAGGCACCCAGACGUCAGCGUCCUGUUCAGAUCGAACCUAGCUUGAUGCUUCAAGGUGGUGCCUUUGGACCAGACGUAAACGCUUCAGCCUUGCGGGACUAUCUUCGCGAUGCAACUUUCUAUCCGUCGCUUCUCUGCUUGGAGCUGAACCGUUUGAAAGCUGUCACUGGGUUUUAUCCGCUGGCGAUGGAGCUGCGGUCUAAAGACACUUUCCGGAACUUGAAAUGCCUGUCAGUGCGGGAAAACCGGAUUUCCUCACUGGCAGGGUUGAUCGACAACACAGCUUUUGCACAGUUGGAAGCGCUGGAUGUGGGAAGAAAUUUGUUGGAGUCUUUGUGGAAGCCUGCAUGUGGAAGCGACGGCUCAGCAUUGACGGUCGUGGAGGCUUGGCAAGAUCUUCAAGCUGGGUCCGGAUCUUCAAAUUUUAAGGGUAGGUUAAAGGUGCUUUUCUUACCGCUUUUUAUGCCUCUCCUAAGGGAGAAAGGCAUAACAAGCGGGGUAAGCGAGCACCAAAAGCCUACCUCUAAAAAUUGGGCUGCUGCUAGUGGACAUAGCGCAAGUGCAGGUAUACUAGCUCCACCAUGUUGUGCUCUCCGCAAUCUGCGCGUUCUCAACCUUCGGGAAAACCGCCUAGGCCCAAGUCUCAGUGCAGCACUUAACAUGCUAUUGCCGGACUCGCUGUUGCACCUGGACUUGUCGGAAAAUUGUAUCACAGAAGGAAGCUUGGAUCAGUUUUUUGGGGCUCCUGCGCCCUCUUCACCUGUAGUUCCACCUGGGGCCACGAGUACUAUGGCGACUGUUGGUGAGCACACGAACAUGACCAUGAAUCCCGCUGCUCCUCCGAAAGGCCUUGACCUCCAGCAUGUGAAUAUACCUGUCCAAGGACAGGAGCAAGAUGAAGCACAAGAACCAGGCUCUUUCUUCUGCAGCCAACUCCUGUCCGCAACCUGCAUCCGCUCCCUCGAACUCCUCGACUUCACGCACAAUGGCUUCAAGGAAAAGCAGAGACAUUACAGAAGACGUUGUGUGGCUGGAUUCCCCGGCUUGCGCAUGCUGGAUGGCGCACCCAUAGGUUUAAUGGAAAGGGAAUGCGCAGAAGCAUGGAUCCGGGGUGGCGCAGAGGCGGAAGCGAGGGCUAGAAAGGAUGUGACGAAACGGGCGAAUAAUUAUGGUUGGAGUUGUGCUGGUCUCAGACUCUGUCGCUGUGCAUAUUUUCUGUAGCGGUCUUUCUUCAUGUAUUUUACCGUGUGAUCACUAUAAAAUAUCGUUUUUUGGUAGUUUGAUGAUGUCUUUUUACUAAAUAUUUUCAGUAACGUUCGUCUAAUCCCCAGUCGUCGCCAAUUGGUCGAAGCAAAAUACAGUCCCUCCUCGUCUGAUCGCGGCCGCAGCCGAUAAAGAUAAUCGAAGCAUGCCGAAAACUACUAGCGGCGUCCCUCAUCACUUGCUAGCACAACAGGUUGGGGCUGAGGGGACAGGUGGUAAACGGAAGUCAGACAGGAAUAGUCUGAAUAAGAAUGGCGGAAUCUACAUGACCGAUAAGGAGAUCAUGCUGACUCUUGAUAUAGACGGCAAUCCACUGCCAAUGAGCGGAGUGGGUGGGGCAUUGCACAGAAACACAUCUGGUGCUUGCGAUCUCAACGGCGACGCUGGUAUUGAUCAUUGCGCACGAUGGGCUAUGCCUGGCGAACAAUGUCGUUUUUGCCAAUGCAAGCAUCCACCUUGGAAGCCACAGCCGAUGCCUAUGCUUGAGGAAACUAACCAAAAUGGUUCCACUGCUGACAAGAACACUACUAGCCCAACAACUACAACAGGGACAAGCCCUCAAGAGAUGAAGAGUAACACCAUUAUAGCUCAAAGUCCGGUCAAGAAACACGAGAAUACUGGAACAUCCGGCUUUGAACAUGUGGAAGAGUUUACUGUAGGGUGGAGGGUUAUGCCAGAGUUUUUGAGGAACUCAUCUUCACAAGCGGAAACCAAGAAAAUCCAAAGUCAAAGAUAUAGUGCGGCUUACGGCGGAGGUAGAAAUGCCGGGGCAGCUGUGCAGGAGAAUCAAGAAGGCAACGCUACUGUGGAAGCGCAGCCUGCCGCACGAGCACCUUCAAAUCAAGCAACGAACCAGAGUCAACCUCCAACAGCGUCUCAAACAACCAGGCCUCCGAAAAAGCCUGUUGUCUCCUCGCAGCAACUCGAGUUGGCGAAAAAACGUGAAAGGAUGGCUGAGCAAAACAUGCGUGACGCGCAUGCGAAAGGGAUGCGUAACGUCCAGACGAUCGCCGGUCCUGAUUGGGCAGUCUUGCCUAGUUUGAAGAUCCAGGCUGCGCCUGUGGUGUGUAAAGUGACACUGUUGUUAGCGGCGUUUGCAACCUCGAAAGAUGCCUCGAAAAACUUCGCAGCUGAUGAUGCAGAAAGUAUUUGUCGGGAUUUGGGGCGACCAGGUGGCGGCAUCGUGCCACUAUCGCAACAAGAGGAAGGCCGUCUGCGAAGUCAUGACUUGCCAAGGAAAUUGGCGAAAUUGAACGUAGGUCAACUGAUGCUUGAUGUGAGGCUGAUGAAGCUUUUGGGUGGAAUAGCGGUAGGUGGCUCAUUGGAAGAAAACCCUGACACAACAGCACCCUUGGGAAUUCUCUAUACCUGGCUCGAGCGGUUGUGCAGUGGUGCAGACGAGUUACUGGUUGCCAGAGAGAAUAUGGCGAAGUUGAAGGGCAGUAUGCAGUAGCCUAAAUCAUGCAAUCAUUGUGCUACAAACAUCAACAUGCUUUGACUUUGUGUUGAUCAGAUACUUCUUCUUCAUCUUCUCCCAUCAUUCCAAUUCCAAUUCCAAUUCCUUCCAUCCUAUUGUAGAUUCUGCUGCAAGUGCAACAU